GGCAACACAAAUUUGAAGAAGAAGAAAACGGAUCAUGUUUUUUUUGUCAACGCUGCGCUAGGGAAGUAGGAUUUGAAACAGUUGUUGGGGUAGUUGUUGAUACAAUCGAGUUAGGUGUGAAGUCAUGACAACGUUGGAUGACAAGAUCCUGGGGGAGAAGCUGCAGUACUACUACAGCAGCAGUGAGGAUGAGGAAAGUGACAAGGAGGAUGACGAGGGGGAGCACAAGACCAUCCGCAACCCAGAUGUACUGGAGCCUGAGCUAGAAUACAGCGCCGACGGUAGUGCCGUCAACACAGGGCCCAAGGGGGUGAUUAAUGACUGGAGGAAGUACAAACAGCUGAAGGUGGAGCAGAAGCAGGAGCAGAAGGAGGAGAUGGAGAGACUCAUCAAGAAGCUGUCCAUGACCUGCCGCUCCGACCUGGACGACGAAGCCGACGCCAUUAAACAGAAAGAGAUGCAGGACAAGAUCCAGCACAAGAUGACCAUGCAGGAGUACAACAUGCUCCAGGAAGACGAGGAUGACGAGGACUUCCUCCAGCAGUACAGGAUGCAGCGCAUCGAGGAGAUGCGCCGGAAGGUGUUACGCGGUAAGCGCUUCGAGCAGGUCUACGAGCUCAACAGUGGUGAGGAGUUCCUGGAGGCUGUGGACAAGGAGGACAAGGCCUGCCUGGUUAUGAUCCACAUCUACGAGGGCGAGGUGCCUGCCUGCGAGGCCAUGAUGGGCAGCCUGUUGUGCCUGGCACAGGAAUACCCCCUGGUCAAGUUCUGUAGCGUGCGUGGGUCGGUUAUCGGCACCAGUGCCCAGUUCAGGGGCAGCGCCUUGCCAGCCCUGCUGGUGUACAAAGGAGGAGACCUGAUUGGGAACUUUGUGCGCAUCACAGACCAGCUAGGAGAGGACUUCUAUGCUGUGGAUGUGGAGGCGCUGCUGCAGGAGUAUGGGCUGCUGCCGGACAAACCUGUCCUUGUCGCUAAGACCAUCCGCAACGCCGCCAUCACACAGAGCGAUGACUCUGACCUUGACAUAGACUAGAGAACAGACCUGCACAUGUAUAGAAACAUAGACUAGAACCCCUAUGUGUACACACACACACACACACACACACUCAACAUAGACUAGAACCCCUAUGUGUACGAUCACACACACACAGACUAGAACCCCUGUGUGUACACAGUCGACAGACUAGAAACCCUAUGCGCGUACACAGUCGACAGACUAGAACCCCUAUGUACAUACACACACACACGGUCGACAGACUAGAACCCCUACGUACACACACACACACACACACACGGUCGACAGACUAGAACCCCUACGUACACACACACACACGGUCGACAGACUAGAACCCCUAUGCACGCACGCACACACACAGUCGACAGACUAGAACCCCUAUGUACACACACACACACACGGUCGACAGACUAGAACCCCUACGUGCACACACACGGUCGACAGACUAGAACCCCUAUGUACACACACACACAGUCGACAGACUAGAACCCCUACGUGCACACAGUCGACAGACUAGAACCUCUAUGUACACACACACACACACACACACACACACACACACACACACACACACACACACACACACACACACACACACACACACACACACACACACACACACACACACGGUCGACAGACUAGAACCCUUACGUGCACACACACACACACACAGUCGACAGACUAGAACCCCUAUGUACACACACACACAGUCGACAGACUAGAACCCCUAUGUACACACACACACAGUCGACAGACUAGAACCCCUAUGUACACACACACACACAGUCGACAGACUAGAACCCCUAUGUACACACACACACACACAGUCGACAGACUAGAACCUCUACGUACACACACUCGACAGACUAGAACCCCUAUGUACACACACACAGUUGACAGACUAGAACCCCUACGUACUCAAAUACACACACGGUCGACAGACUAGAACCCCUACGUGCACACACGCACGGUCAACAGACUAGAACCCCUACGUGCACACACACACACGGUCGACAGACUAGAACCCAUACGUACUCACAUAUUUAUAUAGGUGUGAUUUGACCUACAACUAAGACAGACUGUUGAAUGCGCUCAAAUUCAAUAGCGUGGUUUCCACUACCACAUUAUCUCUGGGCUAGUCAGUGCUUGAUACCGCCAGAGUUGUUCGUAAUUGAGGAACUCAACAUGCGAUUACUUUCCGCAAAUACCUUGUUGACAAAUUUGCGACUCCCUUUGACGAUGGUGUGAAAUUUUGCCAUGGGCGUUACAGGAAGUCAAUUCAUGUUGUAGAGUCGCUAAGUUUUAAACGGCGAUAGAGUUGUACUGGACACCAUAUUGGCAAUAUUAGAAAAAUGCUAAUUCAAAAAACAGUACCCUAAUGCAGGGGUAUUCAAAUCUGAGCCUAGAGGUCCAGAGUAGUGCUGCUCUAUCGGUUGACUAGAUGGGAUGCAGCGAAUGUCAGAAGGGACUUUUUCUUGCAGGUUAGGAGAACUUACGCAGCAGGUUAUAAAAAUGUACGUAGCAGGUUAGGAGAAAUAGGUUAAGGUUAGCUAAAAAGCAAAAAUUCGCCCAGCGCCACAUCGAACACGCAACUUUUGAUCUCACUUUGACAUUAGCUGCAUCCGUUCUAGCCAUGGGGAAACGCUUAUCACGGCACAUUGAUACCGAAGUGACUUUUUCGUAGCAGGUUAGGAGACUGAGGUUAAGGUUAGCGAAAAUGCUUUCCUAACCUGCUACAAAAAUCACUUUGUAUCAAAGUGUUGUGAAAAGACUGUGUCCCCGUAGCCAUGACCUGUUCUACCUGGGAAAUGAAUUGCACCCACAUGGUGUCCCACGUCUAAAUCAGUGCCUGAUUAGAGGAAAACAACGGAAAACAGCAGUGGAACUGGCUUCAAGGUCCAGAUUUGAAUUUGCCUGCAGCUAGUGAAGUGGGUUGAUGUGAUCGACAGGACCUAAAGGACCUAUACAUUCCCUAUUUAUUCACAUAAGUUAUAUGCUUCAUUUACACGUCAUGUUAGUUUACCUAGUUACAUGAAUAAACCAAGACUGAGACCUAUUACUUGUUUUACAAUGAUACGCAGACAUUAUUCUUUUUUGAUGUUUAAGCUUUAACUUAUUUGUUUUUAAUUGUGACAAUGCAUUGUUUUUUUUGUUUUUUUCUGGUCCAAUGUCUCUUAUUUGUGCAUGUUUAUCAAACUAGCUCACCCUGUAGAAAAUGUUCUGUCCAAAGGGACAUUUUGUUAGUUUUAUACCUGUUAAUAUUAUGGAAUAAAAUAAACUAGCUUGAUUUGA